AUGGCACAGAACCCGCCUCCGACAAAGCAUCAUCGAAGAGUCGUCGAUUACUGCUCCGACGAGGAGGAGGAGGACGAGGAGUUUGUGAUCGAAGAAGAACUGAACAAGCUCUCCGCGCUCAUCGAAACGUCUCUCGCGAACGCGUUCGGUUUCGCGUGUUGCGACGAAUUGGCCGUCGACGAGAAUUUGGAAACGAAACGGUUAAGCGCACACUUGAGGUUGAUUUUAACACCACUCUCAUCGUCGAAGAAAGAAGAGAUGAAAAAUGCCUGCGAAGAGUGCUUGACGACGCUGUGGCGUGUUUUGAGGGACGAAAGCUGUGGGUGGGAUAAACCGACGUAUCGAGAGUGCUUCGUUCUGAGUUCGUUACGGCUUUCACUGUGUACACUACUCGAGGGAAACUUACAGGAAGCGAUGGAGUGUUUAGAUACGGCGUUAAUAUUAGGUUGCCCUGGAGAAAUGGCAAGACCGUUCGUAAGGUUGUUGGAGAAGUUACUGCGUCGAUCGGCGGGCGGCGGAAAUAGAGCGAGUAGUAAUAGUUUAGUAAAGAAGCAAAAGGUGGCGGCGCGAGAGAAAGCUUUGGUGGUUGACAAUGUUCUGCCCUCUUCUUCGUCACUAGUCCCGAAAAUUCUCCACCCGUUGGAAAGAAUGAACGAUAACGCGACGUGGGAAGAAUUUAAGGUGAUGUAUUUUAAUAAGGAUAUGCCAGUGCAAUUGCCGUCGGAUAAAAGCAUGCCGUGCGUCGAGAAAUGGCGAGACUUGGCGUACUUCAAGGAAAGAUUCGGGAAGCGGCUAAUACCGUUGGAAGUUGGGAAAUACGACGACGUGGAAAAUUGGAAAGAAGAAAUUGUGCCCUUGGAGGUGUUCAUUGACGAACACUUGGCGCCGGACAUUUUGAAGAAAGGAGACAAGAAUAGUUUCGUUUCGUAUUUAGCGCAACACCAACUUUUUGAACAAAUACCGCAGCUGGCGAUGGACUUUGAGAUUCCGACAUGGUGUAACGCGGGACAAUUUGAGCGAUGUAACAUCUGGCUCGGCACAUCGAAUACUAUCACUCCUUGCCAUUUUGACUCCUACGACAAUAUUUUCGGCCAAGUUUUCGGGUACAAGUUUGUUCGAUUAUACUUGGAGAGCGAUUCGCAGUUCAUGUAUAAAUCCGGCGGCGAUUGGGAAACGACUCGGUCUUGGAACGUGAAAGAUAACGACGAUAGAGACGCCGACGACAAUAGCGAGAAAAAGGAGACCAAAAAGAAGUUCCGCAACGCGCAAGGCAAUAUCUCGCGCGUGGACGUGGAAGCUCCGGAUUUAGAAAAAUUCCCCGAGUUCGCUAAAGCUACGCCUAUGGAUGUCAUAUUAGGCCCGGGAGAUUUCAUAUACAUCCCGUCUCGAACGUGGCAUUACGUCAGAAGUCUCACCGUUUCGUGUAGCUUGAACUUUUUGUUCUGA